AUGGAUCUGUCUUCCUCAUCGCCCCUAUCAACUAAUCAUUUGGCAUUGUCUCAUUUUGACGAUUGUAAUCGUCAAAAUGAGUCAAUACCAAAUGAUAUACUAGUAUCAGAAAAGACUGAUUGUGGUGCAGUUCACUGCACUUAUGCUCAUACUUUAUCAGAUUCCGAUGAAGACGUUGUAAUAGAUGAUUUGGAUAAUUGUGAUCAAAAAGAUAGCCUGGAUAGUAUUACGAUAUCUCCACCGAAUGUAUCACUUACUGAAAUAUGUCAAAAAUUGGCGGCACGUCUAUCAAAUGUUGAUAGUUCCGGUUCCAUGUAUACUGACGCAUAUGAAGAUGAAAUAGUUAAGGAAUCCCCAUUGAAUUCUGGUAUUGGAAUGAAAUUAGAAGAUAGGAUGAUACUCCCAAAAGCUGAUGUCGUCCUACACAGCGAUAAGGAAAGUCCUGCAAAACAAAAAAAGAAGCAAAUGAAGACUAAAAGUACGGUAACACGAAGUGGACGCAAGAUUAUUCCACCCUUGGAUUAUUGGAGAGGUGAAAGAAUAAGAGAAGUGUGCGGUGAAGUAAGAGUUUCCGUAGGAUCUAAACCCAGCGCUCAAAUUCAUUUCAUUAAUUAUUCCAAGAAAAAUGGAAAUGGAAAUAGUACACCUACAGAAAGCGACUUUCCUAAUAAACAGCGUAGAACUGCAAAGCGUAGAUCUUCACAAACAACAUGGUCUAAAGAUAGGCUAAAUUUAUUAUACAGUUGUGCUGCAGAUGUAUGUCCUUCUACAGCACGCUAUUGGCAAAAGGUGGCUAAGCGCGUUGGCAAUUGUACCGCUGAUGAAUGUAGAAAACUCUAUCAAGACAAAUUUUCUAGAGAAAACUAUAAAAAGUCUAAUAAAGCAGCGAGCAAGUUAACAAAUUUAAAGAAGGGCCGAAAAGGAGUGCGAAGGAUAUUGAACGAACAAGCAAAGGACCACGAAGAUGACCUCUUCGAAUCAUCACCUUACCGUAACAGUAAAUCAUUGAAACUUCAGUUAUCAGAUAGUUUAGAUGAAACUGAUGGUGACGAAAAAUGUAUUAAAAAUCAAAAAAACGAGUCUUCGGAUAUAGAGAAAAGUAAUUCAUUAAAUGAUAGCUUAUGCUUGCUGGAACCUGUUAAUAGAGAUAAAAUAGACACAUAUAUACAUAAAAUUAAACACGGUCGUAAAGGAAGACGUCGGAAAAUAUUGCCACUGAAGAAGAAGUUGACUUAUCCGAAAAAAAUCUCUAAAGCGCGAGAUAUUAAAUAUGUAUUCGAUCAGCCGUCAUCAUCAAAUAGCGAUAUUGAAGAAGAUAGUUACUUUGAUGAUGAUGAUGAAUAA